UCCCUUUUAUUCCAUUCAUGUUUUCUUUCAUUAUCAUGGCAAACAAGAAUACAUUCCCUUUAGAUACUUACUGGAAACAGAGAAAAAGAAGUUGGUAUUGAGCCACGUCCAUCAAUAUCACCCAAAUGCAGAACAAAGUUUGGCUAUAAUUAACAGACCAGAGCCCCACCCAUCUCCAUCCCUCAAAACUUCUCGAGGUGUUAAGGAAUAUUGAAAUUCGAUCUUCAAUCAUCUGAUCGGAGGAGGAGGAGACAUCAUGAACAGCAGGCAUCUGGGAAGUGAUUAUGGCAACUAUUCUCCUUUUGAUCAUCACUGGUUCUGGACAAGCUCAAUUCGCCGAACCAUUGAAUUCAACGUCGCUAGCGCUGCACAGGAAGAAAGUAGAGGAGAACUGGGUCAGUGGCCGUCUGAUCAGGAGAGGUUGAGAAUCAGACAUCGUUUUAUAGGAUAUCAUCCGAGGCAAUCCCUUUCCCCGAUACCAAUUGAUCUUCUUCUCAGUAAUGAGAUGGCGCAAGGGGUGAACGCUCAGCUCGUUCCACAGUCCCAGCGGAUGAGGAUCAUGGACGAGCGGAGCCUGCAAACCCCUCCACAAGAGUACUCCAGACUGACCCAAGAAGAGAAAAAGAAGGUUGUAGAGAAGCUGAGAAAGGAGGUUUACAAUCCACCCAGGAAAACAAAACCACAGCUUUACUACAGAAACAAGAGUAGCAUCAGCACCGAGCUCGAGGAAGAAGACGGCGAAGCCAAGGGUUGUUCAAUUUGCUUAGAAGACUUUGUUCUCCAUGAGCAAGUCCUGAUCACUCCAUGCAAUCACAUGUUCCAUGGAGACUGCAUCCUUCCAUGGGUGAAGAGCCAAGGUCAGUGUCCUGUGUGUAGAUUCAUGCUCUAUGAACCAAGGAGGAGUACUGCAUUGCCCAUUAUAAACAGCAGAAAUAUUGAAAUUCCGGCGCCGGCCACCAAUGAUCCCAUUGGAGCUAAUCAAUUGUUUGCACUGAUAAGGACCAUGGAAGAGGCCUUGGACUGGCCACUGGGUGGGCACCCUCACUGAUAUAAACAUGCAGAUCACUGAAGGAGACGAUGAUAUUCCCUGAACAUAUUCAGGUAACGUAGACUGCACUGCACCAGGCGGUCCAGGCCUGGGCUACUUCUUUUGGUUCAUGCGGUAAACCUGGAUUUACCGUGGCCCAUCUCAA